CUGAGCGCCUAAACCGCUGCGCUUGUACACAUACGCGAGACCGCCAGUGAGUCGAGGAGAGGCGGUUUGUUCGGUAACCGCCGCACCGCUGCUGCUCCGCCAACUCACAUCUGUUCCCCAACUUCGCAAGCCAACAAAGGGGCGCAAUACCCAGAGAGCCGCCUCACAGACCUCUUUGAGCAUACCAAGUCUCAACGAUGGCACUGCGACGAUACUUCUCUGGUUUGAUUGCUUCUUUGCUCAACACGUCUCCCAGAGACGGCCGCGCAGAGCUCGCGCUGACGCUGAACGAACGCCGAACCCUCGGCAUUCAGCUCUUCGUCCUCGCCCUCGUCCUCCUCCUCGGCGUGGCCCAGUACGUCUCCGCAGGCGUCGCUCGCAGGUCCAAAACGACAACCUCUUGCAAAGUCUCUUUGGCGCCAAUAGAGAAGAAUGUCGCACGCGUACACUCGCUCUUUCUCUACCCAGUCAAAUCAUGCGCACCGAUCAAGUGCUCACACCUGCCGCUGACGUACAAGGGCUUCGAGCUGGACAGACGAUGGUGUUUUCUCAGGCGCAAACAGAACACGCAGGACCACGUCACUGGCGUCGCGGGCGACUGGGAGAAGAUUACGCUCAAGACUGAGCCUCGUCUGGCUCUUAUACAACCCUCUCUCUCGACAGGAGCCGCGGCCGACGCGAAUGCAGAUAAUGCAGGUGCAGAUGGAGAGAUACUGCGGUUGGCGAUCUCUCCCUACGCUCUCGCGCACGAUGCAAGUUUGGCCACAAGGAUGAAUGAACAAUUGUGCGCCAGCACGCCUGCUCGUCCGACCGAUGAGAUGCUACGCGCAUGGCCCAAGAUCGACCAGCUAGACAUGUACGGUGAUCCUGUACAGGGUCGCGUCGUCGCUUCAGCCUCAUCCGAGACGCAACUCGAACCAUCCCAAUGGAUGUCGCGCUUCCUCGGCUAUGAGGUUAAACUUGUGUACUUCGACAGGCAUGCACCCGGUGCGCAAAGACCUGCGUGGCCUUGGUACCUUCCCCGUAGCUCUGCCGGCUCUGCCUCUGGUUCAGUAUCUGCUAAGGAUGCCUCAGAGGGCAACAAAGUAGAUCGAUGGUCGUUAGCUCUGGAAAGAGGAGCGUAUGUGAACAAGAGCGGACCGGGGAAAGGCGUCGAGUUCCAAGAUGAAUAUCCUCUUUUGGUGACCAGUGUCGAGAGCAUGGCAUAUGUACAGUCACAGCUCCAAGAUGCAAUUGCGGCACUGACGAAAGAGUCGCAGGUUCAGGGUAGUAAUCUUCAAACAGACGGCCGCGGCGGCCGUCCCUUUGCAGGACUCGAAAAGGUUGCUCAUUUGUACUCGCGGCCGCUUUUAGACACGCCGGCGACCUUGGCAGGCAAAUCGGGGGAAGCGGCCGCUUGGGAAGCGGCCAUCACAGCAACCCCCGCGGAGCUUGAGUUCAAGCGACACAACGGCGACCCAUUGUCCAUCCUUCGCUUUAGGCCUAACGUUGUCAUCGCUUCUUCUCCUACAAAGUCGGCAUCAGGGUCGGCUGCGGGGGCGGCGCUGCCACCUUUCGUCGAAGAGCAAUGGGAAACCAUGUGGUUGCACCCUUACGAUCAGAUGAAAGAUCUGAACUCUUGUAACAAUGGCGAUCGCGGAAGUGGUGCCGACGAGGACACGGUUACAGCGCACAUCAACCUCGUCACGUACUGCGAGCGCUGUACGAUCACGACGCUCGAUCCGGUGACGGGCGAAUUCGACCGCGCCGGUAUGCCGCUCAAGCUCAUCGCGCGCAGUCACGCAAAGGACAAGAAGUUGUCCGGCCGCAAAAUGGCCUGCUUUGGUUUGUACGCUGUGCCUCUGCCACUGCCAUCCGGCGAGCAAGGGGAAAAUGCGGCGCGGGAGGUGUACGGUGAGCUCAAUGUCGGCGAUAGCAUCAGCGUUCGCCAUCGGCCUGUCGCGCCCGAGGAAUUGCUAACAGGCGGUUGAGGAAUCCAGUUUAG